UCAACCAUCGUCUUGCUUUCUUUCAUCUGCAGCAGUACGUCCAGCACCUCGCCUCUUUCGACCGACGCACCCGCCCCUCACCCUUCCCCUGCCUCCCAAGCAUCCCAGGCUAACUUUGAGCUAGACCAUGAAGCCAUCGCAUCCAGGGCGACCCACAUGGUGGAGAUCUUAUCGGAUGAGAACGGCGCCCUUAGACAAGAACUUGAGACCUACUACCAGAAAGUGGCCAAGUUGCAGAAGUUUGAACAAGAAAUCCACAAGGUCCAGAUGGAGCAUGAGAAGCUUAUUGAAUCUACCCACAAGAGAGAGCACCUGGAGAAGCUCGUACGGGCAAAGCUAGAAGUGGAAGUCAAGAAACUGCAGGAGAGGAAUAGAGAUUUAACAGUUCAUGUAGAAUCACAUGUUAAGGGUUCCAAGACAACAAACAAUGGGGAUUCUAAUGAGGCGGACCUCCUGGAAGAAUUGACAAGAAAAGAAAACACACUCUUCCAGACUCAUAUGAGAUGUAAAGACUUGGAAGAGACUAAUAUGCAGCUGAUGAAUGAAUUGAAAGAGCAAAGAUUACAUGUUGAUAUGCUGGAUGCAGCCUUAUCCAAGGCUCAAGCAGAUGUUACCAAACUACAAGAAGAGUGUGCCCAACGUCAAGUUUACGUAGACAAGGUGAGGUCGUUACAGCAGCUGGUUACGUCAUUACAAACAGCACAUCAGAAGAGGGAGAAACUAGAAAAUAAACUUAGACACAAGAUGGAGAAGGAGAUUGACAAAUUAAGAGGGCGACAGUCUGUUGCGAAUCAAGAUGAAGGGGUGUCCGAACUUGAGGAUGUUACAAGCGAAUCCCUGGCUGAAAGAGAGGGUACUAUAUUAAAACUAGAGGCUGAAGUUAGUAAGUGGGAACACAAGUACCUUGAGGAGUGUGCAAUCAGGCAGUGUCAUGUGGAAAUGCCAUCAAAUUCAAGGUUGAGUGGUGUCCAUGACAUGGAGAGAGAUGAUGAGGGAACAUCUAGACACAAAGCUAUGAUAUAUGACCUCGAAAGAAAGGUUUCAGCAUUGUCGACAGAGGUUCAGAAGCGUGAGAUCAUCAUCCAAGCGCUUCAGAAUCAGAUCUUUGCCACAAUGUCGUCCCCUUCCUCUGUCUACCCUGAGAACAUCCACCCUCCUUCUCCUCGGCAGUCUUAUCGCCGUGGCUCUGCCGACUCGUCCAACUUCCAGAGCAACCUGUCAGGGUCGCCCGCUGUCAGCACCAGCUCCCUGCAUAACCUUGCCAGCCGUUCCCCUGCCAGCUCCGUCCAGAGCCUACAACAGCAGCAGCAGCAGUCCCCGGCAUCCUCCACCCACAGCUUGCAGCACUACCUGACGAAGUCGCCAGCGAGUUCCCAGCAGAACCUGCACAUGUCGCCGGCGUCAUCCAACCAGAACCUUGUGUCCAAGUCGCCGGCGAGCUCGCAGCAGAACCUGCCUCAGAUGACGUCUCUGGGAGGAAGAUCUCCUGUGGGGUCGCAGCAGAACCUUGGAGCUCUCGCAAGGCCACCUAGUCAUGCAGGAUCUGCAGGAUCAGGGCUAGGGUCGCAGGAGAGACUGAUGGGCUUCAGCGAUUCCUACGCUUCGCUGAGUACAUCAGGACUCUCAAUGACCGGAACAGAUGGAGGGAGUGAGGCAGAUUUAGCGAAAGAGAAAAGUUUCUUGGAUGAAAAACUAAAGCAGCUGGACCUUGAAAUAGCUCAACAGGAUAAGAUACUAGGAUCAAUAUGGAAAACUUAGCAAAGAGUUGUGAGUUGAUGUUUCAUACAGUUACUUAAUGCCUUCAAUAUCAUCUUUCAUCUUUGAGGUCUUAGCGGAGGGGGAUCAGUUCUACACCCUGUGCUCUACCAGUAACCCUUAGCAGAAAUGGAAGAUUCAAGAAAGCUGGUCAACUUUAUCUGUUCUGUAUUAGUAUAUAGCAAGUUUUCCCCAGCCUUGCCAUUGUCCUUUAGCAAAAAUUGAGAUUUGAAGAUAUUGAUUCAUUUUACACCAUCUGAGCUCUACUAGUAUGUAACAAUUCAACCAAGACAUCAUCAUUGUCCUGUAGGAUAUAUGUAGAAGUCGAGGAAAGGGGUCUGUUUUACACCAUCUGAGCUCUACAAGUUAUGUAAUCAGUCAGUCCAAAUGUCACCAUCAAUCAUCAUCCUUUAGCGAAACAGAGAAUGAGAAGAAAUGGGUUAAUUUUACCACCUCUUAGUACUACUUGUAAUUUGUGUAUGUAAUAUAUCCACCCAAACAUCGCAUUCUAUCUAAAACUGAGAAUGAAAGAAAAUGAGUCCAGUUUACAUCUCCCGUGCUCUACCAGUAUGAAGUAAGUCGGCCCGAGUAUCGUCGUCAUCAUUUAUCUUCAAUUGAGAAGUGGGGGAAGGAGUGGUUUCGGUGUGCUUUAUCAUAAUCAUAUGAUCAUCAUACAUGUAGCAGCGCUUUGUAUCCUCAGGCAAAAAGCGCUUUAUAAAUCCAGCUAUUAUUAUUAUUAUUAUAAUUUACCAGCUCCUGCUUUUCUUAGUAACUUUUAUAAUGUGUGUUGUAUGACAUUUGAGUUUAUUAAAGAUUUUGCUGAUUUUCUCUCAUUUGGUAACUUUAUGGGUAUGUCAGCUAUUCCCAAGUCCAUGUAUACAUGUCACAAUAUUGUGUAUGGCAAAUUAUUAAGGAUUUUCUCCCCCAUUUGGGGGGCAUCAACUUUUUAAAUAUGAGCAGUAAGCUAGCAAUUAAUCUGAACAAAUUUUUCCAAAUAAAAUACAGACAUAUGUUUACACAGUUUUGGUGAGAUGAUUGUCUGUUCCAUCAUAAAACACCCCGGAUAAUAUUCAAAUACAUAGAUGUCGUUAUAUUCAGUGAUUAUAUAACAAUGUAGUGAUUAGGUAACAAUGGAAAAUAAUUUAAAUGGCAUGAAUUUCAAGGAGUUAUAUUGUCCCCUUUUAGAAUUGUAUCAAAGCAAAUUAAAUUCCUAUUCAUAUUAUGGUCAAUUUCAAUAAUAAUAGUAAGUAUAAUAAUAUGAUAUUUAACCAGGGUAGCCACUUUAGUUUAAAAAAACUGUUCUCCCAGUGGACUAUGCUUAACAUGAUACUGCUAUUAUUACCUCGAUUUUAGCUAGGCUGCCUAGGCGCUCAAAGCACAAGAGGAAUUUUUUCCUACCGGUUACCCAUUUAGGGUUAUGUAGAUUAAUGCCUUGCCAGAAGACAUGAAUGCUGCCGCCACAAUAUGUAGAUAAUUCCAAUAUUAUCUUAAUUUGAUUUGUUGAUAAUAAUGGAAAGCUCAGUUAAUAUUCAAUAUGGAAUUGAUGUUGAGGAGUGAAAAUGUUUGUUUGCUUCAGAAUUGUGUGAAAUCAAAUAAAAUUGUAAUUCAGAAUAAGGAUAUGAAUCAAAAUUAAUUUCAGAUGACAUAACAUUGUAUGGAUCUUUACAGUCAACAAUAUGGAUUAAUUAUUAAGCAAUGAGCUAGAUUCAUGAAGUAAUCACAAAUAUUUGCAUAUUCUUCAUAAAAUACUAUAAAAUCAAUUUAGUUUUUUGGUUGACUGCAUCUGAUUGAAGCAUUAGAUUUUCUUCUUCAAAGCAGCAUAAAUGCUUUAACAAACUUUUUAUUUUCUUCUUCAAAGCAAUACCUUUUUUCUAUCAUUGUCAUGUAUAGCAUUUGAGCAUAUGAGCUUUCUCAUGAUAUAAGAUAGAUGUAGCCUACGUUAUAGAUUUUGAGCUUAUAAUGUGCCAUGGCUAUGAUAAUGAAACAAAAAUUAUAUGUGGUGGAAUGUCUUACUUAAAACUUUUCUUCCAUAUUAGAAAAUGUGCCAGAAAAACCUAUCCGUGCCUUGCCAAGUCUAUAGCCUUAUUUUGUAAAGUGAGAAGAAUGUAUAAAUCUAUAUCUCUGCCCUUUAUUCCAAACUUGAGUUGCAAUGCAUUUUCUAUUAACAAUCAUAGGACUUAUGGUGCCUGAAGUUUGACAUCUUGACCUUUUCACAUAUUUAAUCUGAUUAAUCUGAAAUCUAUAAGUCAUGUGGUGCAACAAAUGAAUUGAAAGCAUGGUUGAUAUUCAGAACUGUCUGUAUAUCAUAUUUGGAAAGCAGGUGGAUGUCCAAUCAUGCCCAAAAUCGUUGAGUUUUAGAUAUGGAAUUAUAAGCCUACACCUUUCUACACAAUCUGGGGCCUGUUUCAUAAAGAGUUAUAACUGUUGUAACUUUGCUUAUACGGCAACUACCAUGGCAUCCUUGAAUCUGAUUGGCUGCUGAGCAAUGGUAGCAUGGUAGUCGCCAUAAUGGCAAAGUUACAACAACUGCAAGUCCUUCAUGAAACGGGCCCCUGAUUUUGACUAGAUUUUGGAACAACUGGCAAUGAAUAUUCAAAGUUUGAUUGAAGUUACCUUGACGUUACCUUGAAUGCCAUACCUUUCCAUCAUAGUGAACAAAUAUGUACGGCCACCAGAGGAGGUGGUUGGAACUAUAGUGACACGCUAGAAUGCGACUAUUUUCCUGAGGGGCGCAGCUGUGAAGGAAAAUGAUCGCAUUUGAGUCACCGAGGGGAUCAUAGUUUCACCAAACCUACAAUCGAAGGCAUUAUUAUACAGAUAUUGCCUAUCUAGAGUUUGAAUAUAACAUUUCCACUCCCUGAAGGAGUUAUAUUUUUCCCAAGGGAUUAUAUUUUGCCCGAAGUGCGCAGCGCUGAGGGAAAAUAUUCUCCCGAGGGGAGUUGAAAUGUUAUUUAUUAAAACGAUAGACCAGGCAAUAUCUGUUAUAUUAGAUAGUCUUUGUGGAUUCGCCAUCAGAGAUUGCAUUCAUCAUCCGGCUCCAACCUGAAAUUCUUGCUACAGCUCUGAUCCAUCUACGUCAUAAUAGAAUUUCCUUUGAAAAUACAUCAAGCGCGUUCUUAAUGCAAUCGACGCGUUAACAGUAGCGCGUACAUCAAAUAAACUACCUGAUUACGCAACUUGUAAGCAGCGAGUGACGUCACCUUAGUGAAUAUAACGCCGCAAUUGACAACACAACACAGUUAUAUUUACCGAGGUGACGUCAAAACCCAGAAUAUAAUAAAUGUGAUCCUCGCAGCUAUGGUCACGUGAUGGCGUAUUGACCUAUCACUGAUUCAAAUCUACAUAACCUAUGUAAUAUAUACUGGUAUUUGAUUUAUAUCCAUCAUCGGAAUUAAAUACAUCAGAUGGGAAUAUAGAUCUAUUUUGAAUGAAUAGCAAUUUUUGAGAUAUAAUUCAUUAAUUAGCAUUGGUGAGGCCCCUGACCUGAUCACAUAUGCCCAUUGUACGUGCUCGUGCAUUUGUGUUAAGCUCUGCCCAUGCCGUAAAUAGAUUUUGAACUUUUUACUUCUGACGUCACGGCUCGGGGUACUAUUUAUUCAUGGGUUGUGACGUCAGAUGUCGGGAUUCAUGGCAUUUUUGCCAAUUUCAUGACAUUGGUUGGAACUAUCUUUGGUCACAUGACGGUGCUUAGACCAAUCACCUGUUCAGAUUGUUAAUAUGACGGAUAUAACAAGGUAUUUGUUUACAUGCAGGGAAGUGGGAAGUUCCCUGAUACAUGUAUACAGUUGAGUGUUUGGUGUGGUAUGGUUUAAGGAGGUCCCAUGAGACCAUUUAAAAACCCAGGUUUGACAGUUUGUUCUUGGCAUUGAUUAACAAACAACUGACAAUAUACUGUUCAGGGACAUGUUUCAUAAGACUUACAACUAUGGUGAAUUUUCCAUUUCUGUUACCAUGGAAACUUUGAUUUGAUGGGCUGCUGAGCCCUGUUACCACAGUAAUCCCCUAAAAUAUAGAGAACAUAUCCAAUGUCAUGCGUCCUUGCUAAUUGAGAACCCUUUUACACAAUAUACUUGAAUUUCAUUGAAAUAAAACCUGUGCUGAAAGAUG